GAAGAAAAAUGUGGUUCCAGAGAAAAGAAUUUCAAAAAUACUGAUAUGGGGCACUCUCCAGACAAAGGGCCAGACCUCCUAUUGACAAACUAUCUAUGCAUAAUGUGCUUUUUUAUUGCCUCACUUUUUAAAUAUUAAUUGACGACCAAGGUUAACCAGUCAAGGAAAACUUUCUAAAUAAGACUCAUUUCCACACACUCCUGCCGCUGAUUUGUUUUUACCUCCAAAGUGAAGUAAAUCUGCAGAGCUCAGGCCCCCAACACUGCUUCCAGGAGAGUGAGGGGAAGCAACAGCUGGCUGAGAUUUUCUGAUAAAAGCAGCCAUGGUCUCUAGCAAUUCACAAAUAGUUUGUCUUCUCUAUUUUAAAAUUUCCGUAGAUUACCCAAUUUGCAUUGAGCUCGACCAACUGAGAGCUCUGCCCCACUGAGCUUGUGAAGUGCCGGCUGCAGACCAUGCAUGAAAUGGAGUUGUCAGGAAAGAUAGCAAAAAGCCCUAACGCGCGCGCGUGUGUGUGUGUGUGUGAGGGGGAGGGGGGUGUCAGCACUGGGUUUGGACUUAGGGACUCACAAUUGCUAUUUUGGUUUGAGUGGCAAGAAACGGGGAAGUCUAGCCAAACAGGAAAGCGUUUCUUCUUUCCCUGGUGUUUGGGGAUAUAACCUGGGCAGGGUCUCCCACCAGCUAAGCACAUGCCCUGCACCUGAGCUACAUUUCGGCCCCAGGGAAGCAUUUCUCUGUCCCCCGGGUGUACAGCGGUCACGUGGAGUCAGCCUGUCAUUGCAUGAAUGUAGGAGAAGCUUUCAGUGGCUAGAUUACAGCUCACCAAAAGUAUUCAUCCAGCCUCUCCCCGCGGGAAUGGUGGGCUGCUGGUGGGGCCAGUGGGGCACUCGCGGGCUCGCGAGCCGCGGCAGGGGUUACGUCCGAACAAACCGGAGCACAGCGACGGCUCAACCUGGGGUUAAGCGGUCUCUACCCGGGAGUGAGGGACACCCAGGCACUGGGCGCGGUAGGACGAGAGACACUAGUCCUACGAUCCAGGGGGCUGCCUUCCAACGGAGACCUGCGGACCAGCAGGCGAACAUGAAGUCCAGCCCUGGCAUCCAGGCUGCCAUAGAUCUCACCGCGGGGGCCAUAGGGGGCAGCGCAUGUGUGCUGACUGGGCAGCCCUUCGACACGAUCAAAGUGAAGAUGCAGACCUUCCCCACCCUGUACACUGGCCUUAUCGACUGCUUCCUGAAGACCUACAACCAAGUGGGUUUCGGGGGCUUGUACAAGGGGACCAGCCCUGCGCUCCUGGCCUAUGUCGCCCAGAGCUCUGUCCUCUUCAUGUGCUAUGGCUUCUGCCAACAGCUUGUAAGGAAAGUGGCUGGACUGCACAAGCAGGAAGCGCUGAAUGAUCUGCAGAAUGCAGCCGCAGGCUCCAUCGCCUCUGCAUUUGCUGCGCUGGUACUGUGCCCCACCGAGCUUGUGAAGUGCCGGCUGCAGACCAUGCAUGAAAUGGAGUUGUCAGGAAAGAUCGCAAAAAGCCCUAAUACAGUCUGGUCUGUGGUGAAGAGUGUUAUUAGGAAGGAUGGCCCCUUAGGCUUCUACUACGGACUGUCCACCACUCUAGUUCAGGAAGUACCCGGCCAUUUCUUCUACUUUGGUGGCUAUGAACUGAGCAGAUCGUUUUUUGCAUCAGGGAGCUCAAAGGAUGAACUAGGCCCUGUUCCUUUGAUGUUAAGUGGUGGAAUGGCUGGAAUCUGCCUCUGGCUGGUCAUAUUCCCGUUGGAUUGCAUUAAAUCCAGAAUUCAGGUUCUUUCUAUGGCUGAAAAGCCUGCAGGAUUUAUUGGGACCCUUUUAAGUAUUGUGAGAAAUGAAGGAAUAUUAGCCUUAUAUUCUGGACUAAAAGCUACUUUAAUUCGAGCAGUUCCUUCCAAUGCGGCACUAUUUGUGGCUUACGAAUACAGCAGGAGGUUGAUGAUGAGCCAAGUGGAAGCAUACUGAAAUGCCACACGCAGUCACAUGAGUUUAAAGACGGUAGUUCUACGAGCUCACUGCAUAUAAAAGCAACACGGAUUAUUUAUGACUUCUUGGGAAUUUUGGUUUUAUCUUCCCUUCCUCUACUCUAAAUCUCAAACUUUAUAGACCUCUAUUUAUAUCACAUAAUUUCUGCCCAUAAUCAAUUGAAAUAGAAAUUUUCUGCUCUUGCCAUUGGUAGGAUAUACAGAGUGAACCCACGUCUCUACCUCUAAUCUGCAAGGCUGUGUAUAGUUCUGUUAGGGUUUUGCAUAAACCUGUAUGUGUGCAUGCAGUUUGGAUGGUUAUACAUUGUGAGGGAAACAUAAUUUGAUUCCUUACUGGUCUCAAAUACCACCCAAAACACCUAUGGUUUUUCAUGUUUCAUGGUUGCUUAGCCCAUUCAAGAUGUCGGUUCUAUUUAAAAACCUGCUUAACAUGAGCACCACACCGAGCUGUUAAAAGUUUUUAAAAGUCUUUAUGUGGUGCUUGAAAACCAAAUAGUCACAUAUAUUUUUAAGAGGGGAUUGUACUUGCAUGCUAGUGUGGCUUCUACUUUCAUUAGUAAAGUUUCAGAGUAGGCAUCCUGGAUUUUCUAUUCUUAAAAAUAGCAAUUAAUUUUCAAAGUGGUAUUAUUUUCUGCAUCAUGAUGGUAUUUUCAGGUGUGGCCUUGCGUGUUAGACCUUUGGGAAACAGCACGACUCUCACCUGCAACAACUUCCUUUCUUUUCUUUCAAAGAGCCAGGCUUUAGACUGAGGAAGGAAUGGGACUGUGUUCCCCUGCUUCAGUGAAGACCCAUGUGGAUGGAAGCAGUUUUUGGCUUAUGAUCUCUGGGUCCUGGCCUCAGUAGGAUUCCAAAAUGUUCUGUUGGCCCAUUUUGAGUUGUUGAUUCACUUUGGGUCACUCACUGUUCUCUGUGCCUCCACCAAUCAGAAAUUCUUCCAGCAAAUACAAAUCAUCAAAGCUAAGAGAAGCUUCUAUUUCCUGUUUGGUGAUAGAGGGACAGUACUCCUGGGUAAAGUCAUCUCCUCUCAGGCAGAACUAGAGUACACUUAAUGCUUUCAUUCCACAGUGAGUAAUGUCAGGGCUGACUCAGUCUUAGUUUACCUUGGGGUCCAUAACUCCUUGUCAAGUUUUCAGUGUUAGAGCCUUCUAAAUUUGGUACUGGUGGUCAGUGAACUUUAAUGAUGACUAUUUAUAGGGUGUGAGGAUAUUAAAGGAAGGAAACACAAGGAAAGCAAUUUUAUUAAACUAUACCUUAUGUAUAUGUAUAAGCACUGACAGCUUCUAAAACAAAAUUCCACACACACCAAAACAAAAUGAACUCUAUCUCAAAAUCAUGGUUCAGCUUAUUCCACAGACUUGGAUUCGAGCAGCUGUUUUUUGACCAUAUUGUGUAAGCAAUACACUUAUACCACUAAAUUAAGCAUCGUUCUGUGUUACCCCAAGACCAACAGGAUUUCUCUCAAUAAGUGUUUCAGCUAUAAAGCUGAAAGGAAGUGGGCUACCGGUCUUAACAGUCCACACCAUGUGUGUCUAUCACUGUCAGCAGAAUGUAAAUCCUGUGUGAACCUACUAGUUUCCUUAAGCUUUUUUUUUAUUCAUUAAGCCUUUAUGGUAAUUCUAGCUAUAGUUCCAGAAGCAAGAAAGUUAGGAAAAUGAGAUGGUGGCAAAAAAGGACU